UAUUGUUUGAAAGAAAGAAUGAAAGCAGUAUCUUUCUUUUUCUCUAUAGUAUUUGGGAAAGCAAUUCAAGCUCUAUCACGAAUUAGUGAUGAUCUGUGGCUAGAUCCAUCUGAAAAAGGUCUUGCCUUGAGAUCUGUGAAUUCUUGUCGGUCAGCAUAUGGAUGUGUCCUGUUCUCGCCUGUAUUUUUUGAACAGUAUCAAUGGUCAACCUCAUCAAAAAUAGAUGAUAAUGACACAAUUGUGAAUUUAAAUUGCAAAAUGGGAAUGAAGUCAAUUCUGCUCAUCUUUAGAUGUCUGACUUCCCUCGAAAGAAAUGUAGAGAAGUGCAAAAUAUUCACCAGAUCUGAUAAGGAAAAAGUAGUUAUUCAGUUCUUCUGCAGGCAUGGUAUUAAAAGAACUCAUAAUAUAUAUUUUCAAGAAAGCCGGCCUUUGCAAGUUAUUUUUGAAAAGAAUAUGUGUACUAAUACCCUAAUGAUUCAACCAAGAUUGCUUGCUGAAGCAAUUGUUCUUUUCUCAAGUCAAGAGGAAGUUACUCUUGCUGUUACUCCACUGAACUUUUGCCUCAAGAGUUCUAAUGAGGAAUCUAGAGAUUUGACCAACUCUGUAUAUAGUGAGAUGUUUGUUGUCCCAGAUGAAUUUGACUUCUUUCAAAUCGGAGUGGAUACUGAAAUAACAUUUUGUCUCAAAGAAUUGAAGGGCAUGUUGAUAUUUUCAGAAGCUACACAUGCUCCCAUCUCCAUUCAUUUUGAUUUUCCUGGGAAACCUUUGGCUUUAAGUAUUGAUGACAUGUUACUGGAAGCUAACUUUAUCUUGGCUACCUUAACUGAUGAUCCAAGUAACACAUCUUCACCACAAUCACUCUGUCUUUCACAGGCACUAAAAAGGUCAGAUCUGAUAAGGUCAAAUUCAAAGGCUGAUAAAAAUGUGACCAGCCAGGCUUCGGAACACAUCUCGAGAAAAGUAGCAGCCAAGAGACAUUGUCCUCAUGGAACUCCCACAAACACCUCUGCCUUGGAAAACUGUGGCAGCCCUCUCAUAAAAAGAGCAGAUGGAGAUGUCACUGAAGUGCCAGAGAGCAGUGUCAGCGACACAGAGGAGGAACCAGGGUGUCCACAUUUCAGGAAGUUUUCUUGCAUGUUCUUUGGAGCAGUUUCUUCUGACAAGCAAGAACACUUCAACUACCCUUUCGAUAGCCUGGCAAAAGCAAGUGACAGUGAAGAAGACAGUCACCCCACAUUUUAACAAUUCAUGAUGGCUGAAUUUACCGGCUCACUUGUGCCUCAAGCAUGAGUUUUCAUAUUCCGUGUGUAGAGGAUAUUGUCCCAGACUUCCCUGGAGGAUGGGCUUCUGCUUUUCUAACAUCAUCACCUACUACACACCACCGGAUCUAGAAAUAGCUGCUUGUCAAAUGCAUGUAAUUCGCUUCAAAUCCAUUAUGCUACUUUAGAGGCAAAGAGU